GCCAACACCAACGUCGCUCAAAGAAAAGGCGGCGCUAUAGAGACAAAGCAGACUCCCAUUGGCCAACUUCAGAAUCACUAUUGGCUACUCGGAAUACAAACAAGUCACUUUCUUUUAUCUCUGUCGCUUUUUAUUAUACGUAAUCCAUCCCUCCUGCAAAUACUCUACUAAAGACCGCGUCAACCAGCCAAUCGGAAUAGGGAUGAACUUCCAAUGAAGCCAGCCAAUCAUAAGUAGGGGAGGACUGACCGCUGGCCAAUGAAAACAAGGCCAAUAGAAGGGAUCACUAAACUACGAAGCCUACGGGAGGAGAUUGCGCAAAGCACGCCGGGAUGAUGGAGAAUUUUUCUGCUCUCUUCGGAGGAACAGAUCCUCCUCCGCCUUCUGCAGCUGCCGCGCUAGGCUUUGGCCCAGGAAAACCAAGCGGGCCUGGGACUGGGCCACCCCCGGUGCCUGCGGUGACUCCUGCCGGAGAGGAAGCGGCGCGGAAGGCAGCAGCCGCCAGCGGCCCUUUUUACCUAAUGCGCGAGUUACCAGGCACCACUGAACUAACAGGGAGCACCAACCUGAUCACCCACUACAACCUGGAACAUGCCUACAACAAAUUUUGUGGCAAAAAGGUGAAGGAAAAGCUCAGCAACUUCCUGCCUGACCUGCCAGGGAUGAUAGACUUGCCAGGCUCUCAUGACAACAGCAGUCUGCGUUCUCUCAUUGAGAAGCCCCCGAUCUGUGGAAGCUCUUUCAAUCCCAUCACUGGCACCAUGCUAACAGGCUUUCGUCUCCAUGCUGGCCCGCUGCCAGAGCAGUGCCGCUUGAUGCACAUCCAGCCGCCUAAGAAAAAAAACAAGCACAAACACAAGCAGAGCCGUACCCAGGAUCCUGUCCCUCCAGAAACACCCUCAGAUUCUGACCACAAGAAGAAGAAGAAGAAGAAAGAGGAUGAUCCUGAACGAAAAAGAAAGAAGAAAGAAAAGAAGAAAAAGAAGAACCGGCAUAGCCCUGAACACCCAGGCAUGGGCAGCUCUCAAGCCAGUAGCAGCAGCAGCCUUCGGUAGAGUCCAGCCAGAGACUGCGUGGGGAGAACUCUCUGGGAAAGGGAUUUGCUGAGAGGACAAGCAAUAAUGGGGCACCCACUGCUGACUCAUACUUUGCCUUCACAUUACGGAGCAACAUGUAGAAGAAGACCUCUGAGUGGAACUUCUGGGACUCCAUUUGGUCUCUCCCUGUCUUGAAGAAACACAGACUUUGCUUGGGACAAGACACAGGAUGGUGUGUCUAUGUGGGAGUCCUGCCUACUUUGCUUUUGUUGUUGUACAAAACUAACUUGACUGAGUUGGGAUGUCUUUCCGUCUCGCGUUUUAAUUAAAACUCUAUUGGAGAAGCUGCUAAUGGUUUGAAGGAA